GGACAGAGGAGAGAAAUAUGGGGAAAAUGGUAGUAAGCGAAUCGUUGUUUUAUGUCGUUGCGGCGGCGGCGCUAGUGUUGGGCAAUGGGUUAGCAGUGAGCGGCGCGAGUGAGAAUAGUAAGGUGAAGGUAUGGCCAAUGCCGGCGUCGGUGAGUUACGGCAACGCCCACCUUUACUUGGCCGGCGAUUUCGGGCUCUCCUCGAACCACGACUCUCAAAUACUCAAAGACGCAUUCGACAGGAUGCUUGCUGUCAUCAAACUGGAUCACGUUAUCGAUGCCAAUUUCUCUGCUUUCGAUCGUUCAUCUCUUCUCCAAGGUCUGCAUAUCGUUGUUUCAUCUCCAAACGAAGAGCUACAAUACGGCACCGAUGAAUCCUACAAAUUAAUGGUUCCAUCGCCGGAAAAACCGGGUUAUGCCCAUCUUGAGGCUAAGACAGUUUAUGGUGCUUUACAUGGGCUUCAGACAUUCAGCCAAUUAUGUUAUUUUAGCAUUACAAGGAGGGUCCUUGAAGUUCACAUGUCACCAUGGACUAUUAUUGAUCAGCCAAGGUUUUCUUAUCGAGGCCUCUUAAUUGAUACGUCUCGUCACUAUUUACCGAUGACAGUUAUAAAGAAGGUCAUUGAUUCUAUGUCCUAUGCAAAGCUGAAUGUAUUGCAUUGGCACAUUGUAGAUACACAAUCUUUCCCUUUCGAGAUACCUUCAUACCCUAAACUGUGGGAUGGUGCUUAUUCACCCUCAGAGCGAUAUUCAGCGGCCGAUGCAGCUGAAGUUGUGAGUUAUGCCCAAAAAAGAGGAAUAAGUGUAUUGGCCGAAAUUGAUGUUCCGGGACAUGCUCUUUCAUGGGGGGUUGGAUAUCCUUCUUUAUGGCCAUCUAAGAACUGUCAACAGCCUCUUGAUGUCAGCAAUGAAUUCACAUUUAAAGUAAUAGAUGGAAUUCUUUCAGAUUUCAGCAAGAUUUUUAACUUCAAAUUUGUUCACUUGGGAGGUGAUGAAGUUAAUACUACUUGUUGGACCACAACUCCUCGUAUAAGCAAAUGGUUAAAAAGGCAUCGUAUGAAUGAAUCUCAAGCGUAUGAGUACUUUGUCUUGAGAGCACAAAAUAUAGCUUUAUCCCAUGGAUAUGAAAUUGUUAACUGGGAGGAGACUUUCAAUGACUUUGGCAGUAAACUGAGCCGGAAGACUGUCGUUCACAAUUGGCUUGGAGUUGGUGUCGCUCAACGAGUAGUUGAAUCUGGAUUAAGAUGUAUUGUAAGCAACCAGGACAGAUGGUACUUGGACCACUUGGACACUCCAUGGCAGGAAUUCUACAUAAAUGAGCCACUCACAAAUAUUACAAACUCAAAGCAACAGAAACUAGUGAUUGGAGGGGAGGUAUGCAUGUGGGGUGAAACUGCUGAUGGUUCUGAUAUUGAACAAACCAUCUGGCCACGUGCAGCUGCAGCUGCAGAGCGAUUAUGGACACCCUUUGACAAGCUGGCUAAGAAUCCAAGAGAAGCAACUGGAAGGUUGGCAACCUUUAGGUGUUUACUGAAUCAAAGAGGAAUUGCUGCUGCUCCGUUAGCCGGAAGCGGCCGCGCCGCCCCCUUAGAUCCAGGUUCUUGCUAUACGCAAUAAUUUGUUAAAUCACUUCUAGUGAUGAUUACCAGGUCAUUUGAACCAUUUUUAUGCCUCUUACAUGAUAGAUGCUUCUAGUAAAAGGCUAGAUAAUUUC